GAGGGCGCUGGGUUGUUUGGUGGUGUGGUGCUACCAGGCAGUUUACUUGUAAAAUAGGAAAAGAUUUUACGUAAACUUACGUGUUAUGUCCGUGCGGUUUGUUGUUGUGCCUGUUGGUAAAACAGACGGAGGGCCGUCAACUGAUGAUUCAACAGCGGAAAAUGAUGGAGUUGUAUUGGAGAAACAGGAGGAUCCUUCGACGGAGACAGCGGAGUUACCCAUCCUUGAAUACAUCAGGGAGCCCACCAGAUAUGGAGACGGAAACCCAAAAGAAAGUAGCCCCUUCCUUAACAAUGACUUUGAUGAAGGAAAUUAUUACGAGGGGAAGAACAUGGCAUUGUUUGAGGAAGAAAUGGACAGUAAUCCCAUGGUGUCAUCACUUCUUAAUAAACUGGCAAAUUAUACCAAUUUGACACAGGGUGUUGUAGAGCAUGAAGAAGCAGAAAAUUAUGAAGGAGCUAAAAAGAAAGAAGUUAAAAGUCCUCGAAUGGGUACCUUCAUUGGAGUCUACCUGCCAUGCAUGCAGAACAUUUUAGGAGUUAUCCUUUUUCUACGUUUGACUUGGAUUGUGGGAACAGCUGGCAUUCUGGAAUCUUUUGCCAUCGUUUUCAUGUGCUGUGCUUGUACAAUGCUUACAGCCAUAUCAAUGAGUGCAAUAGCAACAAACGGCGUUGUACCAGCUGGAGGUUCUUACUACAUGAUUUCAAGAGCACUUGGUCCAGAAUUUGGAGGAGCAGUAGGACUUUGUUUUUACCUUGGUACAACAUUUGCUGGCUCAAUGUACAUUCUUGGAACAAUUGAAAUCCUUUUGACAUAUAUUGUGCCAAAUGCAACAAUUUUUAAAGCUGCUGAAAAUGUUGGGGAAAAAGAAGCCAUGUUGAACAACAUGAGGGUAUAUGGAACAUGCUGCAUUGUUUUGAUGGCUUUAGUGGUUUUUGUGGGUGUCAAGUAUGUGAACAAGCUGGCGCUGGUGUUUCUUGCUUGUGUAGUACUUUCAAUUAUGGCAAUCUAUGCUGGAGUCAUAAAAACAGGUUUCGAUCCUCCUGAUUUUAGGGUCUGUCUUCUUGGAAACCGAACUUUAUCAAGGCGCAACUUUGAUGUAUGUGCAAAGUACAUAACUGAAAUGAAUAUUACAUAUACCUCUAAGCUAUGGAAUCUGUUCUGUGACAGCUCUCUUCACAAUGCCACCUGUGAUCCUUAUUUUGACAUUAACAACGUAACAGAAAUACAAGGCAUUCCUGGACUUAUGAGUGGAGUCAUUGUUGAUAAUCUUUGGAGUCAUUAUGGACCUCAGGGAAUGUUAGUUGAAAGAGAAAACCAACCAUCUCUACCAGCUGCAGAUUCAAAAUUUUCAAUUUCUAUGCCUUACGUCGCCAAUGAUAUUGCCACAUUUUUCACCUUGUUAGUUGGAAUUUAUUUUCCUUCGGUUACUGGUAUCAUGGCAGGUUCCAACAGAUCAGGUGAUCUUAAGGAUGCACAGAAGUCCAUACCAACUGGCACUAUAAUGGCAAUAGCAACUACAUCUUUUAUUUAUAUGUCUUGUGUUGUAUUAUUUGGUGCCUGUAUUGAAGGAGUUGUUCUAAGAGACAAGUAUGGGGAAGCUGUAAAUGGAAAUCUUGUGAUUGGCACAUUGUCUUGGCCCUCUCCAUGGGUUAUUGUCAUCGGUUCAUUUUUCUCUACUUGUGGAGCGGGACUGCAGAGUCUUACAGGUGCCCCCCGUCUUCUACAGGCAAUUGCUCGAGAUGGCAUUGUACCUUUUUUGCAGGUCUUUGGCCACGGUAAAGCAAAUGGAGAGCCAACUUGGGCUUUGCUACUCACUGCAGCUAUUUGUGAAAUUGGAAUUCUUAUAGCUUCUCUAGACAGUGUGGCACCUAUACUUUCCAUGUUUUUUUUAAUGUGCUACAUGUUUGUAAACCUGGCAUGUGCAGUUCAGACACUUCUUCGCACACCAAACUGGAGGCCGCGCUUCAAGUUUUAUCAUUGGACACUUUCCUUCCUGGGAAUGACUCUUUGCUUAGCCUUAAUGUUCAUUAGCUCCUGGUAUUAUGCUUUGGUGGCUAUACUGAUUGCUGGGUGCAUAUACAAGUAUAUUGAAUACAGAGGUGCGGAAAAAGAAUGGGGGGACGGCAUCAGAGGCCUGUCUCUCAAUGCAGCCCGUUAUGCACUGAUCAAGCUUGAAGAUGGACCUCCUCACACUAAAAACUGGCGUCCUCAACUGCUUGUACUGCUAAACCUUGACUCUGAACACAAUGUUAAGCAUCCAAGGCUUCUGUCUUUAACCACACAACUGAAAGCCGGCAAAGGACUUACAAUUGUUGGCUCUGUUCUGAAGGGAACCUAUUUAGAAAAGCGUUCAGAUGGAAAGAGAUCAGAACAGAAUAUCAAAGCAGUGAUGGCUGCAGAGAAAACUAAAGGUUUUUGCCAUGUAAUUGUGUCUUCCAAUUUAAAAGAUGGAUUUUCACAUCUGAUCCAAUCAGCUGGACUUGGAGGAAUGAAACACAACACUGUACUAAUUUCCUGGCCGCAAUUAUGGAAACAGCCAGAUGAUCCUCUUUGUUGGCAAAAUUUUAUAGAUAUUGUAAGAGAUACUACUGCAGCACAUCAAGCCUUACUGGUUGCCAGAAAUGUGGAUUCAUUCCCAGACAAUCAUGAGCGUUUCAGUGAAGGGACGAUUGAUGUCUGGUGGAUAGUUCAUGAUGGGGGAUUACUUAUGCUAUUGCCAUUCCUACUUCGACAGCACAAGGUUUGGAGGAAAUGCAAAAUGCGCAUAUUUACUGUAGCUCAAAUGAAUGACAACAGCAUUCAGAUGAAAAAGGAUUUGCAGAAAUUUUUGUAUCAUUUGCGCUUAAAUGCUGAAGUUGAGGUUGUUGAAAUGCAUGAAAGUGACAUCUCUGCUUUCACAUAUGAAAAAACCUUGGUAAUGGAACAGAGGUCUCAAAUGCUAAAGCAGAUGCAACUUUCCAGAACAGAAAGGGAACGAGAAGCACAGCUGAUCCAUGAUAGGAAUACUGCAUCACAUUCAUUCCUCAAUGAAAAUACUGAUGUCAGUCCAGAAAGAGUCCAUAUGACAUGGACUAAAGAGAAGCUGAUAGCGGAGAAACAAAGAAAUAGAGACCCAUCUGGAAUGGGUGUUAAGGACAUUUUCAACAUGAAACCAGAAUGGGAAGGCCUCAAUCGGUCAAAUGUAAGGAGAAUGCACACAGCUGUUAAGCUUAAUGAAGUUGUGCGGAGCAGAUCUCAGGAUGCCCAUGUGGUGCUGCUUAACAUGCCUGGACCACCCAAAAAUAGAUGUGGAGAUGAGAACUAUAUGGAAUUUUUGGAAGUUCUAACGGAAGGACUCAGCAGAGUUCUGUUGGUUCGGGGAGGAGGCAGAGAAGUCAUCACAAUCUAUUCUUAAAAGAAUUUAAAAAAACAAAUAACUAAAAAAUCUACUUCGGUUCCAAACCAGAAGUUUGCUCAGAUCUCACUGUUUUGUGCAUAAGGUAUAAUCUGUGGAUAUCUAUGGAAAAGGUGCUAGAGACAGAAUACAGUUUUGGUAUGUUAAAUAUUCCAGAAAUUAAUAUUUUGUACUUAAGUAUUUGUGAAGCAACAACGAUUUAAAAAAAAAAAAAAACUUUUUUUGUAAUCAGUUUGAAAGCAGUCCUUUAUUCAUUGCAACAAUACAGGGAGAAAAUCAUUUGUAUCAGAAUUUGAUAUGUAUAUAAAAAAGUUAAUCUGUUGUUGCUGAAAGUACAUUUCAAGGUCAAAGGUGUUAUUCUAAAAUUUAAAAAUGCAUAUUGUUUUUUAAGUUUGAAAUAAGGGAACGAGUUUUUAUGGUUAUUUUCUAAGCAACAUGGUGUUUCUGCUGUGUCAGUGCAUGUUUGUUUAUGAUGUUUAUAUUAAAACAGUGUACAAUUUUUAUCUAAUUUUACCUAGUAUUAUAAUGUUUAGAGAUUUUAGAUUUAUUUUUUAUACCUAAAGGCACACUAGUUUGUCAAUCAAAGAAGAAUAAAAGUAUUUCAGUAGAAGCCAUAAUUGUUUUAAAUGUACUGCAAAUGAUAACAUGCCUCCUCAAACUGAAACUGUAAGUUGCACAAAAGUUUUAAAGUUUGUUUAAAUCUUGUUUGAGCAAACCCUGUUUUACUUUGUACAUUGUUUUAAAAGUAUUGUUAUGUACAGUAUAAUGAAAAUUUUGGGACCAUGAAGAAGUAGAAGCUUCAUUUUUCAGGGAAUUAAAAUUUGAAAAGUUCACAGUUAAAAUCAAGCAAAGUGUUACACCGAAAUAAAAUUAUUGUCUGAAAAUUGAGUAAAGAAAUAAUAUAAAAAAAUUAAACCUAUCAACAAGCUGUCAAGAGGCUGUGGCAAAAUGUUGCUCAAGUAGCUUUAAAAGUGUUGAGUUAGCCCAUUACUGUGUUUUGGCCAUGCAUUUUGCAUUUGCAAAAAACAAAUAUCUGUGCUGAUGAAAGUAAGGAAACCAACCACAUAUUCAAUACACCACCUUAAAUAAUGUUUGUCAUGUUUAUUUAUCGUAGAUGAUAUUUAUGUGGGAGGUUUAUAAGUAAAUAAGCCGGGAACACUACUGCUUUUAUCUACAGUUAGAAUGCUACACCGUACUUAGCUUUAUACCCAUUAAGGUUUGUAGAAAUAUUGUAACCUGGAGAAGAACAAUCUGACAUAUUUGACAAAAAUACACUAAACUGAUAGAUGACAACAGCAGACAUUUAGCUGCUAUUAUGAAUGCCUUUCAGCAUUUCUCAACCAUUCAAUUUGCGAUCUUUAUAUUUAGUAUCUCUUUUUCUAUCUUAAAAACUAUUUUGAAGAAAACAAAAUCAAGUAUUUUUCAUAUUCAUCCUCGUUAUUGCACUAUAGCUUAGAAUAUUUUCCUGUCAUUGUUGAUCACUUGUUGUGUGCCGCAUCUGAGAUGUGCUAAGUGAGCUUAUGUCUAAUUGCUGUCUAAUUUUAAUGGACAUGCUCUCGGGUCAAGCAUUAGACUGUCAAAGGUGUCACACUCUCAGAGGUUGGUAGAGCAUCCAUAUGAUUAAACUAUUAUUUUUUAUUAAUUUGCAUGUUAGGAAGAAAUGUGCCAAAAAGCUGUGAAAAUAUUUAGGUGUAUUUAUUUUUCCUCUUAUUUAUUAAUAAGACAGUACACUGGGGAUCAUUAUUGCAUAGUUUUUGUCCUGGAUGUCCACUUUAUUGACACCCCAUGAUCACAGUACAGUAUGUUGUCUAAAUAUUUGAGUGUUUAAUUUUUUUAUUGUAGUAUAGGGGAACAGUGGACCUCCAUUGCUCAUCUCCCUGUUGAUUGUGUCCAUUGUGUGUGUGAAAAACCUUAAGAUCUUCCAUUCAGAUCUAUAAAAUAAUGAAUAAUCCAUAAUUCAAAACAUGUUAAAAUAAAAUACAAGUCUACUUUGAAGGUUAGACAACUUAAGUUAGUUACCAAUUAGACAAGUACAGAAAAUUUGUAAACUGAUUAGUUUUUUCUAAGUCAAUUCAACAUCUAUUUAUUUUGUAAAACAUUGUGUCAAUGGUUUCUUAAAAUCUUCAGAUUUUGAUGAAUUUUGUUAUUUAAAAAUAUAUGUGUGCAUACCAUAAUGUUAAUGUGAACAAUCUUUUAGUUCUACUGAAUAUCAUGAUGGUUCUGCAUAUCAUAAUCUGUUGCAUUUGAAAACUUGUGAUAGGUGUAACUGUCUGGUCAGCUGCUCAGUAAGUACGUAGGAGGUUAGGAUUGGCAUGACUGGCAUGGGCCACCUCCACACUGGCACCCUCUGUGUUUCUGCCUUUGCCUUUCUUUGUUCCUUUCCCUUUCACUUACAGCACAUUUUACCUAUGCAAUACAAAGUGAGAUACAAAGUAAACAAUAUUUAUUCAUUGUUUAAGUUAAUGUGUAUGGUAGUCUCCAAAGAGUUGUCAUUUUGAAUAUAUUUAAUAUUUUUAUUACUUGGACAUUUUAAAAUUCUUCAUAAAUGACUGUAUUUUAUUGUAGAAUUUUGUUUGUGACAGACUAUUAUAAACUGUGCCUCUGUCUAACUAAUAAAAUAUUAAAAUAGUUA